AUGGACGACCCGUGGGCCGCGUGGGGCAAGUCCGCCACCAGCGCUGCUCAGCGCAUGAUGUCCCUCUCCCCGCCGCCAGAGUCACUCGAUGUCUCCGACCCGUGGGCCCCAACCCCCGCCAGGAAGGCAGCGCAGUCCUCGAGCACCGCUCCUGAUACGGCGAGCGACAGCACAGCAGGCCCCAGCAUGCCCGCCAUGCCAGACAUGGGCAUGCUCCGUGACCUCGGCAUGCAGCAUGCCCAGACGGCACUGCAGGCCGGCCGCGAAAUCAACCAACACGCACAGGCGGCAGCGGCGUCGGCUGCCGCGACCCGCGCCCACGCAACAGCGGCCGUGGACGCCGUAAAGGCCAACGCCCGCGCACUCGAAGGCCUUCCAACAAGCCUGAUGGGUGCUGCUACUGGAGCGGCUGGAUCGGCAGCAGCAGGCGCGCUCGAGGGGCUGCCAAACCAUCUCAUGGGCGCUGCAGCCUCGGCGGCCAUGUCGGGACAGCUCGAUGGUCUGCCUGCCAGUCUCAUAGGUGCCGCUGCAAUGGCCAACGCAACCAAAAGGUUUGACAUGGGAGACAUUUCGACUUCGCUCAUGGGUGUGGGCGCUGCAGCGACCAAACAGCUUGACGCGGCCAAGUUUGCCGACAUGCCAGCGACACUCAUGGGCAAGGCUUCGAGCAGCGUCGCCAGCAUGAACAUGGGCGGUAUGGGCGCAGCCCUCGGCGGAUGGGGUGACGCAGCAGCAGGAUGGGGUACCUCCUCUGCCUCGCCAUCAAAACCUACUCGCUCUCCGUCCCCCGUGCGCUCUCUGUCGCCCGAGCUCACCGGCGACGUAUGGGGUGCCCCAACACCCUCAAAGUCCACGGACCCCGCCCCACAGCAGACCGCUCCUGAACCCUCCCCCACCUCCCCGACGUCAUUCACGGCCUCGGCACUGCCCCGCGCGUCUAUCGACGACAUGACAGCGUCUGCGGCUCGUCUAUCCAUGUCCUUUUCGCAAUCGUCUGCCUCGCUCGCCCGCUCCAUCUCCGGCACUCUCUCCUCCCCGCGCAAGAGCGUCGACAAGGUCGCCCGCCUCGCUGAAGAAGAAGAAGAAGCAGAGGAAGGGUUUGCGUCCCCGCGCGCAUCGCUGGAUGCUAUCGAGCGUAUAUCGCGCGAAUCGUCUCGUGCUGGGUCGCCUCUCGCCGUGGCUGCAGCCAGCGCUGUUGCAAGAGCAGACUCCAUUCCGCCCGUCUCCGUCAACGCCGCUUCGCCCACCAUCUCGGCAGCAUCGGCGUCCUCCCCCCGUGCCUCCCUCGACGCCUUGCGCCUCGAUGCCGACGCUCCCCAGCUCCGUCGUACACCAAGCUUUGGUAGCGACUUUGGCGGCUUUGCAGACGCCGGCGCCAGCGACCCGUGGGGCGGCGGUGGAGACGAGUGGGGCAAGCCUGCAGGAGCAGGUGGUGAUCAGGACGAGAGUUUCCAGAGUUUCGGCGGCAGGUCCAGCAGCCCCACGCGUGCCAGUGAAGACGGUUGGGGUACACCAGCGCCAGACGAGCCGCGUGGCGGCGACGGAGACCGUGAUGCCGACGAAGGCGCGUACGAGGGUUGGGGCGGUGUGUCGCGUUCUGCGGCCGCUCCAGAACCGUCUAGGACCACACAGGAGACCGAGUGGGAAGAAGCCCAGCGCCGGAUUGCUGUCCAAGAGUCCCGCGCCCCGUACGCCAAGAUUGAGGCACUGAAGCGCGAGUGGGACGAGGUUGCUGCCAGUGUGAUCACGCACAAGGUCGAGAACGCCGAUGAAGCUGAGGAGACCAAGCUCGAGGCUGGCGUCAAGGCGCUCCAAGACAAUGUUGCCGAGACGAUGCGCUCCCUCACGACACCUGGAGAUGGCCGUGUUCCCCCAUUACACACCCUUACCACACACCAGCGGUACACUGGUGCCCUGUCGCGUGCAAACCCGAACCCGUCAACGUCACUGCUGCAUCUUCCGCCGUCCUCGCGAGCUCGCCGCCUCGAGGGAUUGAAUUUCGGGCCUGGGCUCGAGGACAAUUGGACUGGCCGUUCCCGUCUGGGCGAGCCCGAAGAGUUGGCUGCUGCUCAGCCUGCUCAAGAGGAUGCUGGAUCCAGCCGCUGGGGAUUCUGGCGCAAGAGCGCUGCGCCAAAGUCGCUCGUCACGUCUGGUGGCGGUAUCCUCGAGGUCAAGACGCCAACGUUGAGCCCGUCGACCCCUACAAGUGUCGCAACCGCUGCUGGAGCCGCUGCUGCCGCAGCUGUGGCCGAGACGGCCAGCAUCGCUCCCUCGGUCGCGUCUGCUCGCCUUUCCACAUCGCGCGCUCCGUCCCUUGCAUCUCGUCCCGCGACCCCAGACGUCUCCGUGGCUGCUGCGCCACCGGCUCUCGCUGUCACCGAGUCUCACGAGGACGAGGGCCACGACGCACCGUCGCGCUCCCUGUCCGAGGACCCUCAGGCUCAGCCUGCACGCAUGUCGCGCUUCUUCCGGUGGGGCCGCAAGGCCGCUGCUCCGGCACAGGAGGCCGACUCGCUCGCACCACAGGAUCCGGACAUUGAGCUGAGCGCCGACGAUUUCGCGUUCCUGGCCGAAGUGCCCACUGUCCAGCAGGCCGGUAUGGGUGACCUGCUUGGCAUGGACCCGAACGCGACCCGUGAGAUGAACACGCUGGAGCGUGUGCUCAAUGCUCCAAAGCCAGCGCCUCUUCCGGCUCCGCUCGCUCCGCCACCCCGCGGUGCGCCACAAUCUCACCACGCCAGCAGGCAAGGCAGCACGUCGUCGUCGUCAUUCCGUGCGCGCAUGGCCCCGUCUGCUGCGCCAAAGCAGUCUGCAAUGGACCUGCUCUCUGGACUCGAUUUUGAUGCCCCGGCGUCGGCGACAUCGUCGUCAGGUCCAAACUCGGCCUCACCUGUGGCCUCGUCUAUUUCGGGCUGGGACGACCUCUUUGCGACGCCCGCUCCGCCCCGCGCGUCCACGCCGCCAACCAUCGCCCCACCCAUUAAUCCCUCAUCACCUUCCUCGUCGGCACGAAACUCGUUCCAACUCACGUCGAGCCCACUGUCCCACAGCACGACUCCUGCUGCGAGCACGGCCCCACCCGCCACCUCGUCUUCAGGGUUCCCACCUCCCAUCCAACGCAUUGCGUCGCCCCCCGCCACAUCACCACUGGCAACUGCACCUCCUCUCUCGAUGUCUUCCAUGGUCCCCUCGGCACCGACUCAGCGCGUCUCCUCCCCACCGCUCAUGACACCCAUGGCCCCCAUGGCCCCCAUGGCCCCCAUGGCCCCCAUGGCUCCGACUCAGCGCGUCGCGUCGCCGCCAGUGCCGUCAUCGUUCACCCCCAUGGUCCCCACAGCGCGCCCCGCAUCCGUCAGCCCCACAGCGACAGGUACGGCCAACGCCGCCGACGCUGCGUUUAGUACAGGUACCAGCAGCGCAUUCAGCGGCCUGGACUUUAGCUCCUUCUCAUCAGUGUCGGCCGCUCCCUCGCGCGCCAUGUCUCCGCCGAGCGUGUUCCACGUCGCGCCGCCGCCUGCAGCCCCAGCACUCGCUCCCCAGACAUGGGGUGGGAUCACACCCAGCACGGCCCCGCUGUCGCCCAACCCGGCAAGCCGCAGUGCUACGCCCUCAGCGUUCCCUGGUAUCUCGCCGAUUCCCGCGCCGGUUGCACCAGUCUCCGUCGCUACGGCCGCAGCCGCCGUCGCCGCUGUCAACCUGAACGCCAACGACAAUGACGAUUUCGGCGACUUUGGUGACUUUGGUGACUUUUCCGCUCCCUCCGCCGCAGCCAGCACUGUGGUUCCAGCUGCCGCCAACAACGCAGGCAGCGACUCGUUUGACGACUUUGGCGACUUUGGGGACUUUGACACCAGCUUUGCCUCCAUCCCCCCACCGCCAGUCUCCAAGACAUCCACGCCGAUGGGCAGUCCUGGGCCUACCCCGCCUGCCAAGGGUCCCGAGAUCUUGCCGAGCAUGUACGCCAUCCGUCCUCCCGCCGGGAUCUCGUCGCGCCUGGCCGCCGCGGCCCCCGGCGGUCCCUCUGCGAUCCCAACUCUGCCCCCUCCUGACUCGUCGUUUGGCAGCAGCAGCAGCAGCGCUGCUACCCGCGGCCCGCGGCUCACUGACAGCUCGACGACCAUGCCCGCCCUGUCUACGUUUUCGACGCGCGGGAUCGCGCCCGUGUCGGGCUCGAGCCGCCGCCAGCCGAGCGUGGACCACACCCCGGCGCUGUCGCUCGUCACGGCCGCAAGCCAGACGUCUGGCAAACGGUGGCCGGCGCCGCCCAGUCCCAACCCGCCAGCGAUUGCGCCUCCCAGUGGGUUCCUGCCCCCACCGCCUGGCGGGCGGCGCAAGCCUCAAGUCAACCUCUUGGAGGACUUUGACUUUUAG